AUGGCGCCGCCAGGAUACACAGCACCAGGGAUCGACGCUGUCAUCUCUGCUGACCGUGCUGUCUGGCAGCAGGUUGCGACUCAGGUGCCCUGUCUGCCUGCCGUUGACGUGGUUGCCACUGUUGACUCUGCCCUGUCUGCCGCUGCUGCCUCGCCCUCAGUUGCCUUUCACGUUCUGCCUCGUGAGCGCAAGCGUCUCUUGGACGACACCCCCAAGCCACCACUGAAGCAGCCUCACAAGGGCGACGGCAAAGGAGGCAAGGACGGCAAAGGCGGAAAGACCGGGAAGGGAAAAGACAAGUUCGGCAGGCCUAGCACUGGCAAGGACAAGACAGGCUCCCCGUCUAAACAGACUGCCGUUCCUGCCGCCCUCAAGGGCCUUGACCCUAACCGGGACGGAACCCCCCUCUGUUUUGACUGCAACCUCGCUCACGGUUGCAAACGUGAGACGUGGGACACCGCCAAGGGGAAGCAGUGCGAGCGCGAGCCUCGGAUGAUCCCAGCUUCUGAGCAUCCCUGCCAGGAUGCCGAUGCACAUCAUGUGACGCCAGUACCUGUGGAAGGUUCAGGCCCGCUGACCGAGGAGGCAGGGUUACACUUGAAGUUUUCUCUGGGGCACCCGGUCCUUAAGCUGGACCUCUUGUCACGCUCUGGCGUUUCUGUGCUUUGGGACAUCCUUCAGUCAGGUCAGGAGUCGGGAAUCGGCUGGACGCUGGAAAACCCAGCCAGCAGCCUGUUUUGGGCCACGAGCCCUGUGGCACAGCUCAGUCGGGACCUGUCUGCCUGCCUGCGCACGUCUGUUUUCGACUCCUGCUGUUGGGGCGGCAACAGAAAGAAAAGGACGGCUCUGUGGAGCUCCUUGAGCUGUGUGCAGCAGCUGUCGCAACUGUGCCACCCUGGCCUAGGGCACACCCACUCUGCGUGGGGCAGGCUACCGGACGGCUCUUGGAGCACUUCUGCAGAAGCGGCAUACCCGAUGCCUCUCUGCCGUUUCUGGGCCGCCAUGAUAGGCAAGGAAUACAGCUCGAGACUGCCCUGUGCUGAGGAUGACUCUGCUGUGAACUGGACUCCGGCGACUGGGCUGUACCGUGCACCUGCCAACCUGGGGCUUUUUGCCAGAGGCCGCAGCCCUGCUGAGGAACCUGAGGCAUGGCUGCUGAACAUAGGCGUGCCCUGUGCACCGGAGGCUUUUCUGUCCCACGCUGCGGCUGUGGCUCACCCCUCUGAGGUGCAGCCGCAGCUACCAGUGGACCUGGAGUUUACUGUGCACUGUCUUGAGACCUGCGCGACAGCUGACAUAGCCAGUAAGCGUUGCCAGUUUCUGCACAGUGUACUGCAGCGCGCUUCUGAGCUGGCACCCCAGGAGCUUGCUUUGCACUCCAGGCUUGCGCCACACUGUCAACGUGUCCUUGCGGGCAAACGGCUGUUGCUGCUGAAAGAGCUCCUAAACGGGCUGGGUCACGAGGAUGUCUCUCUGGUUGACGACAUCAGCUCGGGUUUCAGACUGACGGGCUGGCUGCCGCCCAGCAAUGUCAUGGAACCGAAAAUUACUGCCCCCAGUGAAUCAGCUGCCGACUUGUGGCGUCGCAGAAAGGACAUCAACUCGUCCAUCUGGCGCCAGACUCAGCCCGGCAAGGACCCUGAGGUUGAUUCGGCACUUUGGCAAGCCACGCUGGACGACGCCGAGGCAGGUUGGGCGCUGCUUCUGCCUCAGUCUGACUGCCCGCCUGACGAAAUUCUUCUGAGUAGGCGGUUCCCUGUUGUCCAGGCUUCAGGGAUCAGGGCCAUUGAUGACUUCAGUUUCAAUGGCCUCAACAGUACGCUUGGCACCUGUGAGAAAGUGCUGACGAUGUCCACAGUGCACACAGUCUCGCUUGCUUUGCGCCUUCUGCGAAGUGCUGUAACCCGCGGUUUGAAGCUUUUAGGCAGGUGCUUCGACUUGAAGAAAGCCUACCGCCAACUGCCCAUCCAUCUGGAUGACCUUCCGUAUGCUGCCGUCUCUGUCUGGUCGACUGACGACUCUUGCCCCAGGGUUUUGCAGAUGUUCAGUUUGCCUUUCGGAGCUUCAGGCAGCGUACCAGGGUUUGUGAGAGUUGCGGUUGCUCUCUGGCGCAUUCUGUGCCGCCUGGCCCUUGUGCCGAGCACGCUUUUCUUCGAUGAUUUCACCAGCAUCACCUAUGCUUCUGACGCUUCGAGUGCUGAAGCUACUGUUCACCUGCUGUUCAGGAUUCUUGGGUGGCGACUAGCCCUGACAGGAGACAAGGCUCAGUCCUACUCUGCCAUCUUUCAGAGUCUCGGCGUAAUUUUCUGUCUGCACCCUGGGGUGGACAGUGCAGUCACUGUGACCAACACUGAGUCUCGACGGAUGGAGGUGUCUGCUUGGUAUCUGACUAAGCUUCGUGAGGACAGUGCCACUCCUAAGGAAUGCGAGCAGUUCGCCUCUCGCAUUCGCUGGCUUGCAGGGCAAGUGUUUGGCCGCUCGUCAGCUGCAGCUCUGAGGACUCUUCUGCGUGCAGGCAGGGAGUCCCGGCCCUACUCUCCCAGACCGCUGUCGGCAGAGUUGCGGGCUGCCAUUCGUUGGCUCCUUGGCAGCAUUCCCAAGGCUUCGCCCAGGCUCUGGUCUCUCGAAACGAAACGCAAGCUACACCUGUUCACAGACGGUGCCUUUGAGGGAGGCAAGGCCUCCAUAGGCGCAGUUCUUUGUGACUCUCGCUGUGCACCACUUGCGUGGUUCGUGCCUGCCUCUGUCACCUCUGACUGGCUCUCCGAUGGCACUGAGCAUCCCAUCAUUCAGGCAGAGCUGGCCGCAGUUGUGGCUGCAUUCCAUGUCUGGAAGCAGGUUUUGUGCGGAGCCAAUGUGCUCCUGUGGAUCGACAAUGAGGUGGUGCGUUUUGGCAUCAUCAAUGCCCACAUGCACCCGCCCUCUGCGAUGGCACUGCUGUCUCCUCUGCUGGCUCUGGAGGAAAGCACGAAG